AUGAAAAAUAAGGAAAUUAAUUUUACACGCAAUUAUAAGGAAAAAAAUUGCAUACAUAAUAGUAGGGGAAGAGAAAAUAUGAACAGUAAUAGUAAUAGUAAUAGUUAUAGUUAUAGUUAUAGUAAUAGUAAUAGUAAUAGUAAUAGUAAUAGUAAUAGUAAUAGUAAUAGUAAUAGUAAUAGUAAUAGUAAUAGUAAUAGUAAUAGUUAUAGUUAUAGUUAUAGUUAUAGUAAUAGUAAUAGUAAUAGUAAUAGUAAUAGUAAUAAUAAUAAUAAUAAUAAUAAUAAUAAUAAUAAUAAUAAUAAUAAUAAUAAUAAUAAUAAUAAUAAUAAUAAUAAUAAUAAUAAUAAUAAUAAUAAUAAUAAUAUUACAAAAAGUUUUGAUUUAAAUUUUGGUGGCAGUUUUAAAAAUGCAAAUGUGAAUGUCAAUUUGAAAGAUGAACUUCCCAGGGAUAGAAGUGUGUAUAGCAUGAACGAGACAUGUAAAAAUAUACCACCAUCCUUUGGCAGUGAAAAAAGUCAUAUCAAAUUAAUUGAUUGUAACAGUUAUUCACAUAAAAGGAGUAGCGGAAAUAACUACAGUAAUAAUAACAAUUAUAAUGUUCAUUUAGGUAAUGUAAAUUGCUACAGUAACUCAGUUAAUUCUAACGGAAAAACUUUUUUUAAUAAAAAGCAGAGCAUGAACUUCAGCCUGCGCAUUAACGAUGCCCCAAGUGUCAACCGUCAAAGGGGAAACCUCCUUAGUGGUAACAAUAAAAAUGAUCGCACCGAAAAAAUAAAUAGUAAUAAUAUGAUUCGUGAGAUUGAUAGGGGUAAUAGAAGGUAUAAUGAAAAAUCUAGAAGUAAUAAAACAGUAGAAGGUGACAGAAUCAAUGAGAACGCUAUUAGAAAGGAGUACCAUAACAGAGGUUAUUACAACAAGCCUGUUUAUAAUAGCAACUCAAGUAAAAAUUAUUUUAAUAAUAAUGUAAAGGUGUACACCAAUGAGAAUAACAAUGAUGGGAAUAACAACAAUGGGAAUAACAACAAUGGGAAUAACAAUGAUGGGAAUAACAACAAUGGGAAUAACAAUGAUGGGAAUAACAACAAUGGGAAUAAUAAUAAUAGUCGUUAUGUAAAGCGCAGGGAGAAUGGAUAUAGCAAAAGGUUUGCUCACGUAAAAUGGUCGCACAGAAACUUUGAAAAAAAAUAUGAACAUGUGAAUAAUUUACGUAUAAAUGUAAGUAAUCUUAAUAAAAAUGUUCCUUCGUUUAAUGAGGGGAACGGAAAAUCGGAAGAACAUUUUAAUUUUAUAAAUUGUGAAACAUAUGGUAUGAAUAAAAAAGUGGGUAAUCGUUCAGCGCAAUCUGAAGAAUAUUACUCUCAAGGUGAUUGCAAACUGCCAAAUGAGGAGGAGGAAGAAGAAGAGGAAGAAGAAGAAGAAGAGGAAGAAAAAGAAAUAAGAAAAAAAGCAUAUACUAAUAAUGAAGUAGAGGAAAAUGGUAACACAGCUGAAGGAACAAAUGGACAAGUUAAGUUAUAUAAAAGAGGAGACGAUGAAACCGAAAUUUCAAAUAGAAAUCUAAAUAAAAAUCAACAUGGUGAGGAAAUAGUAUAUAAUGAUAGAAACAACAUGGACAAUGAUUUAAAUGGAGAACAAUAUAACAACACGAAUGAAAAAUUGAGAAAAAUGAGAAGAGAAGAAGAGAAAAAAAAAGUAAUGAACUGGAAAGAGGAAGAACAAACAUUACUUGAAGAGGGGCUGAAAAUUUAUAAAAAUUUAAAAAAUUGCCCAGAAAAAUGGGAAAAAAUUAGUGAGCUUGUAAAGACAAAGAAUUCUGAUGAGUGUUUGAAACGUUUCCUUUAUUGUAGAUUUAUAGUAAUGAAAGAAAAACAAAAGCUUGAAAACGAAAUGCGCAAAAGAGAGACCGAUGCGAUGGAAACGGAAUCGAUGAGAAUAGAGGUGAACGAUGCACACGCAAUGGGAAUAGAAGCGAAGGGGAUAAGAACGAAUGGAACAGAAGAGGGAAAAACUGAAAUAGAGGAAAACAACAAUGAACAGCCUAGGGAUAAGGAAGAGCUUGAACAGGACAUAGAUAGUGAUGACAUGAAUAUAAAUAACAAUUUAAACAUAAAAGGGAAAAACCUGUCCCUAAUCAAUGUUCACAUAAAAAAUAUAUCGCUAUAUAAGGCAGUGAUGUUGAAGUUUCAGUUAGUUUGUAAUAGGUGCUGUAACACGUUUGAUGUUACAAGAACGAGCAAGGAUCCUGUUCAGUUAGUUUACACGUGCAUAAAUUGCAACAACAGUACAGUUGUAGAAGUUUACAGGAACAUUUGUUUUUUGGAAAACAAUUGUGUCUGUGUUUUGAAGUUUAACCAGUGUUCAUUAAUGAAUUUGUUAACUGGGGACUACAGUAUAAACUGUGAUAAUUGCGGAAGAAAAAAUCUCAUAAAAAAUGUCAUCUCGGGUAAAGAAGUAAAUGUUAAUUGUCAGAACUGCUUCACUAAAAUGGAGUUCAAAUAUAACGAUUUUUCUUUUGACGAAACGAUUAACAUGAAUAAUGCUGCCAUAAGAAAAAUUGACGAAAUGAUAAACAAAUUAUUAACGAAAAAAAAGUCAACCAAGAAAGCUGUGCCCACAUCGAACAAUUUGAAAAUAGAAAAAUGUAAAAACGUUGUAAAAAUAAAUAAUAUAGAAGUUAAGGACGGAGCGUGCAAACAUUUUAAAAAAUCCCACCGGCUGUUUAAAUUCCCUUGUUGUAACAAGAUAUUUCCUUGCCCAACUUGUCAUGAUUUAAAUAGUAAUCACGAAUGUAGCAUUGCAAGAAGAGUAAUUUGUGGGUUUUGUUUUCGUGAAUUUGAUAAUGAUGAUAUAUGUAUAUGUCAGAAGGAUAAAAAAGCGAAAAAAAGUGGAAACUUCUGGGAGACAAUCCGUGCAGAAAAAAAAAAAGAAAUAAUUGACGAAAAGAAAUUUAAGAAGUUAAAGAUACUAAAGGAAUUAAAGAUAUAUUGA